AUGGAAGCAGACAGCACAGAGGACAUUGAGUCUCUCAUGGAGGACAUGGACUAUAUCCCCGGUCACUUCCACCUGGACCUCAAUCUCAACUGUGAUCCUGUUGGACCUGUGAAGCUCAGACACAGAGACACGUAUCUUAAACAGGAGAGCCUACAGAGUGAGCUAGAGGCUGAGGUUGGAUAUUUGCAAUAUGCUGUCCGCAAUCUUAUGGGUCUGCUGGCUUUUCAUCUCAAUCAGCUUGACACAGCUGAGGAAAUAUUCAGGAGCAUUUGUAAAGAAGACCCUGGAAACCUCAAUGCCUGGGCCAACCUGGGCUACGUGUAUGACAAGCUGGGUAGAGAGCUGGAUGCAGGGGAGUGUGUGGAGAAAGUAUCCCACCUCAUGGGCUUAGACACUGGAAAGGCCUCCCAGGAAGAGACCAGGCUGCUGGCGGCCCGCUGUCUGGCUGAGCAGGCCUAUGUUUACCCCUAUGAUGUGGAGUUGGAAAGUGAGGACGACUUGAGAGAGAGACUGACGGCAGCACUGAUACUGUACAACAGAGCCCUGGACUAUGGUGGUCAACUGGUAUCAAAAGAGGAAAAAAGAAGCUGGUACUUUAAAAUGGCAACCAUUUAUAUAAGACUGGACGACAUAGUUAAGACCAAAGAGGACUCUGAAUACUCCAGACUCUCUCACUAUAAUAAGGGGCUGAAACUCCUCAGAGAAUCACUAGAAUCUGAGAAAAUUCAGCACAAAGCUCUCGCCUGGUGUUAUGUUGGCAUCAUGUUGGAGAGGAAGGACGAAUUCAACUCUGUGCCCAUGUCUAUACAUGACUGUGGCUACUCCGCCUCUGAACCUCUGUCAUGCUAUGGAACUGCCAUAAAGAUGGCUAGUGAUGAUGCAUUUAUCCUGAACCUUCUGGCCAAGAUGUUCUUUCUGCUGGGCAAACAUGAGAUGGCUACAGGGAUCUGCAAUAUGGCUCUCAAUGUGCUGCCAGACCCGGAGCUCAACUGGCAGGCGUACUGCACCCGUGCCAAGAUCAAUAUGAUCCAGUAUGUCAGGGACCUGGAGAAGGCAAAACAUGGUCAUGGUGGAAUCCCAGACCGACAGAAGCUUACUGAAGCCAGAAAAGACCUGGACAAGGUCUUGACUGUACGUCCAUGUCUGAGGACUCACCUGGAGAUGGCGCAGGUGUACUACUACAUGGGUGUAGAUGCACUGCAGGAGAGUCUUCUCGUGGAUGAGGGAGCUGUAAACUGUGCCUUGGUGAGUCUGUCCAAGGCCAUACAGUUUGAGCUGGGUGACACUUUGCCGGACCUCCAUGUGCUCAGAGGACGCUGCCUCCUGCUGAAGGGCGAGGAGCAAAAUGCUGCAGAUUGCUUCAAAAGUGCUGUGGAGUUAGAGAGACCAGGGAGUACAGACACCACAGCCCUGCGCUGCCUCCUACAGGCACUGCUGGCUCUGUUCAUGCAGGGAGGCACAGACCCCAACGCUGCCAUCACCCAGCUGGAGCUAUGGGUGAAAAAGGCAGAGGAGAGGUAUCCUGAGGACAUAGUGAAGGACGAGCUCAGGUGCCUUUACAGGACACACACAGCUGAGGUCACAGAGUUAUCUAGAGCUCUGAUCAGGACCGGCCAACUGGGCUUAGUGAAGAGGCUACUGCAAACUGUGGCACCUAAACAAGUGGCUAAGAAGAAAACAAGGGCUAUGUCUUUCCACUUUACAUGA